AUGUCCAGCCCUGAUACCCGCAAUGCAUUGACUGGAGAUGAUCAGUUUGACGAUUUUGAGCAGACCUGCCGCGACAUAAAUAAUGAUAUGUCGGUGCGUUGCGUUGUGCUGACUGGCGCAGGCUCAGCCUUCUGUGCGGGCGGCAACGUCAAAGAUAUGCGGGAUCGUACGGGUUUGUUCUCCGGCGACCCUUUUGAUCAAGCUGAUGCCUAUCGCCGUGGCAUCCAGCGCAUCCCACGCGCCGUACAUGCGCUGAAUGUACCGAUCAUCGCUGCGGUUAAUGGCCCUGCUGUGGGUGCCGGCUGUGACCUGGCGACCAUGUGUGACAUACGAAUCGCCAGUGAAAAAGCCAUGUUUGCUGAGAGUUUUGUCAAACUGGGUAUUAUUCCUGGCGACGGCGGAGCGUGGUUUCUGCCUCGUGCAGUAGGCUAUUCCAAUGCGUGUAAAAUGGCUUUCAGCGGUGAACCAGUGAAAGCUGCGGAAGCAUUACAGAUGGGUCUGGUUUCUGAGGUGGUUGAGCCUGAAGAUCUGCUCACCAGAGCCAUUGCUCUGGCAACCAGUAUUGCCGCCAAUCCACCGCACGCCGUCCGCCUGACGAAACAACUUAUGCGCGCUAGUGAAAAUUCAUCAUUGGAUGAGUUGUUAGAUAAAUCGGCAACUUUCCAGGCUGUCUGCCACGCAGAACCAGACCAUGCUGAGGCAGUCGAGGCAUUCUUUGAAAAGCGUCCGGGCUUUUCCACUGAGCGACUGCAGCGGCUUACAGAAGUCACGCAGGCCUACGUUGAUGAAGGCAAACUGGCUGGCGUGAUUACAAUGGUUGCCCGUGAAGGCAAAAUUGUACAUUUUGAAGCGGUUGGUCAGCGUGGUGCAGACGAUUCAACACCCCUGCAGAAAGAUGAUCUGUUUCGCAUCUAUUCCAUGACAAAACCCAUCACCGCGGCCGCAGCAAUGCAGUUGUACGAGCAGGGUAAAUUCGCUCUGUGGGAUCCGGUUUCUAAGUUUGUACCAGAAUUGAAAAACUUGAAGGUGCUCAAUGCAGACGGCGAGCAGGUGCCCGCAGAGCGUGAAAUGACCAUGCGUCAGCUGCUGACCCACACCGCGGGAUUUUCCUACGGAUUUAAUCCAAAAGGAGAUCCGGUUGAUCAAUACUACGUCGACGCAAAGCUCUGGGCUGCAAAAGAUCUGGAUGAUUUUGCCGUUAAGCUGUCUCAAAUACCUUUGAAAUUUAACCCGGGUGAUCAAUGGCACUACUCUGUGGCAGUAGACGUCACUGGUUUGGUGGUACAGCGCAUCAGCGGCCAGCCUUUUGAUGAGUACCUUGAAGAGCACAUCUUUACCCCUCUGGGCAUGCAAGACACAUUCUUUGAAGUACCUGCGGAUAAACUUGAUAGAUUUCUGCCCAAUCAUUAUAUCGAUCCAAAAACCCGAGCGCUGACACAGAUCCCUGAAGGCGGCACUGAUGCCAUGCAGGACUAUAAGAAAGUUACUUUGUUUUCCGGUGGCGGCGGUCUUGUGUCAAGCACGAUGGACUACAUGAAGUUUGCUGAAGCCAUGCGUAAUGGUGGCGAGCUCAACGGCGUUCGGAUUCUGAGCCCGAAAACCGUUAAUUACAUGCGACAGAAUCACCUGCCGGCCAGUAUUGUGGCUGGCGGUAAUGGCGAGCAACCAACGUUGUUGGGGGCUACUACCAACGGCGUAGGUUUCGGCUUUGGUCUUGGCUUUGGCCUGGUUACCGAUGCCGUGGCUGCGGGUGUUUUGGGUAGCAAUGGUGAGUUCAACUGGGGUGGCGCAGCUGGAACGGUGUUCUGGAUUGACCCCGUUGAAGACGUGGUUGUGGUGGGGAUGAUCCAGCUGAUGGGGUCUCCGUACCCGUUCCGCUCGGAUUUAAAAAUAGCUACAUAUCAAGCGCUUACUGAAAGUUCUGAAUAA